GGUCUUCCUGUAGGAGCCAUGAUCAACUGUGCUAACAGCACAGGAGCCAGAAAUCCGUGCAUCAUCUCUGUGAAGAGGAUCAAGGAUAAAUAACGGCCAGGAGAAAUAGAGUGGAAAAUGCAAAACAACGAAAUUAUAAAACCUGCCAAAUACUUCUCAGAAUUGGAAAAGAGCAUCUUGCUUGCUUUAGUAGAAAAGUACAAGUAUGUGCUGGAAUGUAAAAAAAGUGAUGCACGUACUAUUGCCCUCAAACAACGUACCUGGCAAGCACUUGCCCACGAAUACAACUCUCAGCCAAGUGUGUCACUACGGGAUUUCAAACAGCUGAAGAAGUGCUGGGAGAACAUCAAGGCUCGGACCAAAAAAAUUAUGGCUCAUGAAAGGAGGGAGAAAGUGAAACGCAGUGUCAGCCCCCUUCUGAGCACCCACGUCUUAGGCAAGGAGAAGAUCGCCAACAUGCUGCCCGAGCAGCUCUACUUCCUGCAGAGUCCUCCGGAGGAAGAGCCUGAAUACCACCCCGAUUCUGCAGCCCAAGAAUUAAAUGUGAGGGAAUCUGAUGUAAGAGUUUGCGAUGAGUCAUCAUGUAAGUAUGGAGGAGUCUGUAAAGAAGAUGGAGAUGGUUUGAAGUGUGCAUGCCAAUUUCAGUGCCAUACAAAUUACAUUCCUGUCUGUGGAUCAAAUGGGGACACUUAUCAAAACGAAUGCUUCCUCAGAAGGGCUGCUUGUAAGCACCAGAAAGAGAUAACAGUAGUAGCAAGAGGACCAUGCUACUCUGAUAAUGGCUCUGGGUCUGGAGAAGGAGAAGAAGAAGGAUCAGGGGCUGAAGUUCACAGAAAACAUUCCAAGUGUGGACCUUGCAAAUACAAAGCUGAGUGUGAUGAAGAUGCGGAAAAUGUUGGGUGUGUAUGUAAUAUAGAUUGCAGUGGAUACAGUUUUAAUCCCGUGUGUGCUUCUGAUGGCAGUUCCUAUAACAAUCCUUUUGUUCGAGAAGCAUCUUGUAUAAAGCAAGAACAAAUUGAUAUAAGGCAUCUUGGUCAUUGCACAGACACAGAUGACACUAGUUUGUUGGGAAAGAAAGAUGAUGGACUUCAAUAUCGACCAGAUGUGAAAGAUGCUAGUGAUCAAAGAGAAGAUGUUUAUAUUGGAAACCAUAUGCCUUGCCCUGAGAACCUCAAUGGUUACUGCAUCCAUGGAAAAUGUGAAUUCAUCUAUUCUUCUCAGAAGGCUUCUUGUAGAUGUGAAUCUGGUUACACUGGACAGCACUGUGAAAAGACAGACUUUAGUAUUCUCUAUGUAGUGCCAAGCAGGCAGAAGCUCACUCAUGUUCUCAUUGCAGCAAUUAUUGGAGCUGUACAGAUCGCCAUUAUAGUAGCAAUUGUAAUGUGCAUAACAAGAAAAUGUCCCAAAAACAACAGAGGACGUCGACAGAAGCAAAACCUAGGUCACUUUACUUCAGAUACGUCAUCCAGAAUGGUUUAAACUGAUGACUUUUAUAUGUACACUGACCAUGUGAUAUACAUUUAUUAUGUCUUU